AGCGUCACGCAAACGCUCGCUCUUACAUUGUAAUUUUAUCUGUGGAUAAGAAAACAAUUGCUGAACGACUUAUAAAUAAUAAUUGAUAAAGUUAAUAUAAUAUUUAUAAACUUUUCCAACUAGAAAUGACCAACGAAAAAUAUUUUGAACUUAACGGCGGCGAUCAAAUGCCACGUAUUGGAUUCGGAACCUGGCAGGCUUCAGACGAAGUACUAGAAAAAUCUGUUAGCGAAGCUCUAGCAGCGGGCUACCGGCAUUUUGAUACCGCCCGCGCAUAUGAAAAUGAAGCAGCGCUGGGCAGAGCCUUAUCUCGAUGGAUCGGCGGUGAGCCAGCCAAAAGAAAAGAGUUAUUUGUCGUCACAAAGCUGCCUCCAGGAGGCAACCGGCCAGAUCUAGUUCCAGAAUACUUCAAUAAUUCAAUUAAGGACCUCGGCUUAGACUAUGUAGACUUGUAUCUCAUGCACACACCCUUCGCAUUUGUGCAUGUACCUGGAGAUUUGCACCCAAAAAACCCUGACGGUAGUAUGAAAGUUGAUCAUUCUACAGACCUCAUUGCAGUAUGGAAGGCAAUAUUAAAAUUAAAGGAUUCAGGGCGGGUACGACAUGUUGGCGUGUCGAAUGUAAAUGAAGAACAACUCAGAAGACUAUGUGCUGUAGAAAAACCAGCUUGCUUGCAGAUAGAAGUACACGCACUUUGCCAGCAGAACUCAAUGAUUGCGACGGCGAAUGAUCUUGGUAUUCCUAUAGUGGCCUAUUCUCCACUUGGUUCCAAAGCGCUUGCUGAUGCUCUAUCUGAAAAAACUGGUCGCGAGUAUCCCGAUCUACUAAAACUACCGAUAGUACAGCGCAUUGCGGAAACCCACUCCCGUACUCCGGCGCAAGUCCUCCUGCGGUAUACCUUGCAGCGCGGACUCGGUGCCAUCCCAAAGAGUACAAACCAAACACGGAUAAAGCAGAACAUAUCCCUAUGGGACUUCGAACUAACAGAUCGUGAAAUGAUGGAUUUAGCAGCUUUGGACCGCGGUGAAAAUGGUCGUAUUUGUGACUUCUCUUUCUUCCCGGGCAUGGAGAAGCACCCUGAAUUCCCUUUCAAACAUUAAGCUUGAUUCAAUUUAGAGUGAACGAAAAAUAAAGUAUAAUUACAGAGAUGUACUUUUAUAUACCUAAUGUAAAUAAAUUAAAUACUUAUCAUCUUUAUUUAAUAUUGACAAAUUUAUAUAAAAUGUGUUAUUAGUGUAAUUAAAUUUAUCUACAUUAUUAAACUGAUGAUUGAUUACUACAAAGAAAUUAUAUCUGACUGAAAUAA